AUGCCGCGGGACGUUCUUAACGAUCUGCGGUACAUUGAAUUCAGAGCCCGCUUGACAACGAAGCCGGGCAUACAUUUGCGGAAUAAUAUUCCAGCCAUAUGCGCGAGAUCGAAGUCCAGUCAUUGUGCUGAGAUUAUUAAGUGGGCGUCCGCAACGACGGCGCCGGUUCGAAAUGUCCGGAUGAUUUCUACGGCUUCAUCGACGCAGUUACGAGGAGGUACAAAAGCCAAAGAGUACGCCUCCAGCCCUGCCUGCGGUGUGAUGACAGUGAUUUGGUUCUUUGGCUCUCCUUCAGCGAGUGGCAAUCAUGACUUUUCAAUGAGUGGCAGACUUCAGAACCAAUCAACUUUUGGCGACGAAUGCGAGACGGCUUCUAGAGAAAGCAAAAGAAAGCGUGACAGCCAGAAUAUUCCUCUUACGACGACAUCCCAAUUAGGCGGAUUUUUCCACGCAACAGCCGCGUAUGAAACCGAGCAAUAUUUAUCAGAUGUACCACAGUCCAGGAUCUAG